AUGACAAUCAAAUUGAGUGAGCGAGUCUUCGAAGGUACCGCACAUAUCAAGGGCGAUGCAUCAGGAAAGCUCAUAGCAAGCGACCUGGAGUUGAGCUUCUGGGGGGGCGUAAGCCCCAAGACCAGCGAGAUCAUUGAUCGCCACCAUCCAUUGAGCGGCCAAUACCUUCAAGGCAACAUACUUGCGAUUCCUGGUGGUCGCGGCUCUUGCACCGGUAGCUCGGUCAUGUUGGAGCUGCUUCUCAUAGACAAAGGACCGAAAGCUAUGAUAUUUGAACGACAAGAAGACAUUCUGGUUCUUGGAGUUAUUGUCGCCGAAGAGAUAUUUGGAAAGACCAUCCCCGUUGUGAUGCUGGAUCCGAAGGAUUUUCGCGAAAUCCUACAAUUCAAUGGCUCUGAUAUUCAUAUCAGCAACAGCCAAGUCUCGGUCGGCCCCAAGACAUGGCUCAAUGAAGUCCAAAGUCUGACCAAAGCAUCGGAUAAUGUAGAGCUCUCGGAUAUUGACAGAGCUCUAUUGAAUGGCGAGUUCGGUGAUGCUUCCCGCGCAGCAAUGAACGUUGUUUUACGAAUGGCAGGCAUGCUAGGAGUGAGUGAGUUGAUGGACAUCACCCAAGUCCAUGUCGAUGGAUGCGUCUACACUGGACCAGGCUGUCUUCUUUUUGCAGAAAAAUUGCGGAAUCGAGGAGGCAAGGUGCGGGUUCCAACCUCUUUGAAUUCCAUAUCGAUCGACAUGAAUCGGCUUCAAGUUCAAGGGGCCAACCAAGAAUUCGCGGCAGCAGCUGGUAAGCUAGCCAAUGCCUAUACCGAUAUGGGGGCACGUUCAACCUUUACAUGUGCUCCAUAUCAACUUGACAGCGCUCCAAAGUUUGGGGAUCAAGUUGCUUGGGCCGAGUCCAACGCCGUCGUCUAUGCAAACAGUGUGCUAGGAGCGAGAACCAUGAAAUAUCCUGAUUUCCUCGAUAUCUGUAUUGCCCUGACCGGCCGGGCCCCGAAAGGAGGACCACACGUGCAUAUCAACCGAAUGGCAUCACUCAUCAUAAAUGUUGAGGGCAUUGAGAACGCUAAAAUUGACGAUUCAUUCUAUCCUCUUCUCGGAUACCAUGUGGGAGCUUUAGCACCGAGUGAAAUUCCUGUGAUAGUAGGUAUCAAAUUGCUGGCCCCAUCCAAGGAUGAUAUGAAGGCCUUGGGGGCGGCCUUUGCGACUGUAUCAAGUGCCCCGAUGUUUCACAUUCUUGGUGUCACUCCUGAAGCAGUAGAUCUUGGGGCUGUGGUUGCCAAAGGUUCUGACUUACGCUCCGUCAGUGUACAUCUGAGUGAUCUGAUCGGGUGCUGGGAUGAACUGAAUAGUGCGUCAAAAAACCAACCAGUUGACCUGGUGUCCCUGGGAAACCCUCACUUCUCGCUCGACGAAAUUCAAACACUCCACAGUCUUUGCCGAGGCCGGAAAAAGAACAAGAAUGUGGCAAUUGUGGUGACGUGCGGCAGAUUGACUUACAAUUCAGCUUGCACGGCCGGAUUGCUUGAUGAACUGGAGGAGUUUGGGGUUCAAUUCGUCACGGAUACCUGCUGGUGUAUGAUCACCGACCCAACCAUCCCCCGUUCCAAGAGUGCAAUUAUGACCAACUCUGGAAAAUAUGCUCAUUAUGGUCCUGGACUCACUGGCAAGAGCUUCUAUUUUGGAAACCUUGCCCGGUGUGUCGACGCUGCAUGUGGGGAUACUUAUGUGGAAAGUCGACCACAAUGGCUAGAGUUAGGUCAGUGA